AUCUAACACGCAGUGAGUCGAAGAAGGCUCGAAUCCAUUCUCAAAUCACUGCAACUGAUAGUGACCUUGAGGUCUGCCCUCUACUUUUUGGGUUUUGAUCCCAUGAAGCCGUCGAGUGAGAUGUACGCCUGGACGCCCUCUGGGUGUCCCCCGGCAGGAGAGCAGGGUAAUAAGGAAGGCUUGAAACGGCCUAAGGCUAUCGCGGAUGUGUUCGACGUGAUAUCGGGGGCAGGGAAGGCCUUUCAUCGGACCGUUUGGGUUUUCAUCGUCCUGGCCUGCUUCGCCGUCUUCGUCAUUCAGGUGAAGGAGUGCGUGGACAAGCUGAGGACCCCGCCGAUCACGACCCAGAGCCAAGUUCUCUUCAACGAAUCCCUGGAGUUCCCUUCCCUCACCAUCUGCCAUCGACAGGGUUUCAAACGAUCCAUCAUGCAGGCGUACGGGCUGGUGUCGGAGAAAGGGAGCUGGUUCCCCUCGUCGACGAGCUCGUGGAAGCGGUUCCCCUGGGCCGAGGAAGAGAGAAAGAACCUCACCAAAUUCUGGCAGGAAGUGUCAUACAAACCCAAUGAAACCAUUCGGAUCUGCGGGGUCGGGGGUAACGAGUGGGGACAAUGCCCUGUCUCCUUCUUGGGGUUCGCUCCGGAAAACACGACGUCGAUGACCCUGACCGAUCAGCUGUCCCGGAAGUACGGACGAUGCUACACGUUGACCCCGAAGCCGGACGUCCGUCCCCCGCCGGGCAAAUCCUACGCUCUCAAGACCGUCUUGUCGUCGGAUCCGCAGGAGUACCUCAACAUCACUGGCGCGGGCACCGAGGAGGUCUGGGAGGGCUGGAGUGUCUUCGUCCAUUCCAGUCGUGACAAGUGGAGCGAAUAUGCAACGAUCGGAGGAACGUUGCAAGAGGAGCUGCAGGUGUCCCUGGGAGAGUCCCUGGUUCUCAAGGUCCAAGCUGCCGACUACAAGACCCUCAACACCCACGAACACCGAUGCAUCGAGGACCCCGCCUACACCAUCGUCCAGUGCCUGGAGAGGUGUCUGUGGCGAGGCCUGAGGACUGUCGGGUGUCGCGGUCCGUGGGUGGACGACGUCGUGCUUCCCAUCCCCCAGAGGCCCUCCAAUCAGGCGCAGGUCUUCACCAACUUUCCCGUUCCUGUCUGCGACUUGUAUGCCAACUUCUCGCGCUACCUGAUCGAGGAGAAAAAAAUGGAGCCUCGCUUCAAGGAGUCGUUCGGCUGCUCGUGUCCCCGCCCGUGCACCUUCCGCCAGUAUUCCACGGCCGUCCUCAACCGCGCCUUCUUCGAGCGGUACAGCAAAGACAGCACCGGAGAAGUGAUCCUCUACUUCCCCAAGUUCGUCUCUUUUCUUUCUUCAUUCAAACUGUCGACAACAUAUUUUUUUUAA